UUAGCAAAUGUGUGUGUUGUGAAGGUGGAUGGGACUCCUUAUCUGUGUAAAGCCGAUGAGGUUGGAGAGAUAUGUGUGAAUUCAGGUGCAACUGGGUUGGCAUAUUUCGGCCUCCUUGGAAUCACCAAGAAUGUGUUUGAGGCCAUUCCAGUGACGGCAGCCGGUGUGCCUGUUUCAGACCAACCCUUUACAAGAACAGGAUUGCUUGGCUUUGUGGGUCCUGAUUAUUUGGUGUUUGUGGUAGGAAAAUUGGAUGGCCUAAUGACGGUUAGUGGCCGCAGGCACAAUGCGGAUGAUGUGGUAGCCACCGCAUUGGCAGUUGAACCCAUGAAGUUUGUCUAUCGGGGAAGGAUAGCAGUGUUUUCUGUGACCGUUUUGCAUGAUGAUCGAAUAGUGCUUGUGGCAGAGCAGCGCCCUGAUGCAUCAGAGGAGGAUAGUUUUCAGUGGAUGAGCAGGGUUCUACAGGCAAUUGAUAGCAUUCACCAAGUGGGCAUCUACUGUCUUGCCUUGGUGCCAGCCAACACUUUGCCAAAGGCUCCACUUGGAGGAAUUCAUAUUUCAGAAACCAAGCAGCGCUUUUUAGAGGGUGCUCUGCACCCUUGUAAUGUCUUGAUGUGUCCGCAUACUUGCGUUACUAACCUCCCUAAGCCUCGACAGAAGCAACCAGAUGUUGGUCCUGCUUCAAUGAUAGUAGGAAACCUUGUUGCUGGAAAGAGAAUUGCACAAGCCUCAGGGAGAGAUGUUACCCAGUUGGAGGAUAACGACCAGGCAAGAAAGUUCCUGUAUUUAGCAGAUGUUCUUCAGUGGCGAGCUCAGACAACUCCAGAUCAUCCCCUCUUCCUUUUGUUGAAUUCCAAGGGCACUGUAGCUAGCACUGCAUCAUGCAUACAGUUGCACAAGAGAGCAGAGAGAGUGGCAGUCGCACUGAUGGAGAAAGGACGACUGAAUGUUGGUGACCAUGUGGCCCUGGUGUAUCCUCCAGGAGUAGACUUGAUAGCAACUUUCUAUGGCUGCUUAUAUGCUGGCUGUAUACCUAUCACCGUUCGCCCACCUCAUCCACAGAAUCUUGCUACCACUCUGCCUACCGUCAAAAUGAUUGUAGAGGUCAGCAAGUCUGCAUGUAUACUGACCACACAAGCGAUAAUGAAACUGCUGAAGUCCAAGGAAGCUGCAACAGCUGUAGAUAUUAAAACAUGGCCCACUAUUUUGGAUACAGAUGAUACUCCUAAAAAGAAGCUGGCUAGUAUUUUCAGACCUACAUCUCCAGAUAUGUUGGCAUACUUGGACUUCAGCGUGUCUACCACUGGUAUAUUAGCAGGAGUAAAGAUGUCACAUGCAGCUACAAGUGCCUUAUGUCGCUCUAUAAAGCUACAGUGUGAGCUGUACCCUUCACGUCAGAUUGCCAUCUGCCUUGACCCUUACUGUGGCUUGGGAUUUGCACUAUGGUGCUUGUGCAGUGUAUAUUCGGGUCAUCAAUCUAUUCUAGUCCCUCCUCUGGAACUGGAGAGCAAUGUGUCUCUGUGGUUGUCUGCUGUAAGUCAGUAUAAAGUGCGUGUCACGUUCUGCUCCUACUCCGUGAUGGAGAUGUGCACCAAAGGGCUUGGAACACAGACUGAUAUACUGCGGAUGAAAGGAGUUAACCUGUCCUGUGUGCGAACAUGCAUGGUGGUUGCAGAGGAGAGACCAAGGAUUACAUUAACACAGUCUUUCUCUAAGUUAUUCAAAGACCUGGGCCUCUCUGCUCGUGCAGUGAGCACUACAUUUGGGUGCAGGGUCAACGUAGCAAUUUGCUUGCAGGGAACAGCAGGACCAGAUCCAACAACAGUCUAUGUAGAUAUGAGAGCACUUCGACAUGACAGGGUGCGUUUGGUAGAGAGAGGUUCUCCACACAGUCUGCCGCUUAUGGAGUCUGGGAAGAUUCUUCCAGGCGUAAAGGUCAUCAUAGCACACACGGAAACCAAGGGACCUCUGGGAGACUCACAUUUAGGAGAGAUAUGGGUGAGUAGUCCACACAAUGCUACUGGUUACUACACAGUGUAUGGAGAAGAAGCACUGCAUGCUGAUCACUUUACUGCUCGCUUGAGUUUUGGAGACACUCAGACCGUAUGGGCUCGGACUGGAUACCUUGGCUUUCUGCGCAGAACAGAACUUACUGAUGCUAGUGGAGAGAGGCAUGAUGCCUUAUAUGUGGUAGGCUCUUUGGAUGAAACACUGGAGCUCAGAGGAAUGAGGUACCAUCCCAUUGAUAUAGAGACAUCUGUAAUAAGAGCCCAUAAGAGCAUUGCAGAAUGCGCUGUGUUUACAUGGACCAACUUGCUGGUGGUGGUUGUGGAAUUAGAAGGCUCAGAACAAGAAGCGUUGGACCUGGUCGCGCUGGUAACAAAUGUGGUUCUGGAAGAGCAUUAUCUCAUAGUAGGUGUUGUAGUCAUUGUGGACCCCGGUGUUAUUCCUAUCAAUUCCCGUGGUGAGAAACAACGAAUGCACUUGAGAGAUGGAUUUUUAGCUGACCAGUUGGAUCCUAUUUAUGUUGCCUACAACAUGUGAAAACAGAAAAUCACAUCAAGGCUAAAGCACCAAAAUCAAGGGACUUCUGAAUAAUAACAUCGGAAUCCAUUUUCUGGGUUUUUAAAAGCUAUUGAAGACCUUAGGAAAAUGGAGAUACUAAUCUUCACAGACCUUCAUCUCUCAGAUUGCAUUUGCUUUCAUAAAUCUAUUGUAACAGUUACAGCUGUCUUAGGAUGGAGAGUUUACUGGAAUUCCUGAAGGAAUCUUAUUAGAACUAUCAUGGACCAAUGGGGUUUUUUACAACAAUUAUGAAUGUCAGUACUUGAUGCACUGCAUCAAAGGACAUAAUGUGGGGUGGGGAGAGAACACCAGCUGUGAGGAGGACUCUUGAAAAUAAUACUGAAAGUCGUGAGUAACCAUUUGGAGUUCACCCUCCAUGUGAUUGUUUGCAAUAUAUUGGCGGUAUCUGGGUUGGGACGUAACGUUCAAGAUUGCACACAUCUCUACCAUAUUCUCUACUGUACUGAAAGGAAUUUUGCACAUAUUUGAGAUUUAAAAAUGCAGCCUUUUUAUUUUAAAACACUGACUCAUCCCUAUUCAGAAGAAACAAAUUCAUUCCAAUCCCGGAUUCAAUGUAACAAUUGUGCUGCUGUUCAGCUUUUUUGUACCAAGCAAAAACAAAUACUGCAGCUGUAACAAGGUUACUUACCGUGCCAUGCUGGACUAUGUAAUGCUGUAAACUUUAUAAUAAAAUAUAAA